AUGGAGGUGACAGCAGGAUCCACAGCGUCUCUGACGCUGACAGAAAUGCCCAAAGUGCUAGUCGUUCCUGGCGACAUAGUGGUGGAGAAGGACGUCGCCGACGUGGUCGAGAAAACCGUGAAGCACUUCGGAAAGUUAGAUAUUCUGGUGAACAAUGCAGGGAUUGCCAUGCAAGGAAGAAUUCAAAAUACGCCGAUGGAAGAUUUUAACCGAGUUUGGGACACCAACUUUCGCGGACAACUAAUGAUGACGCAGAAGGCCUUGCCACACCUGCGUCAAAGCAAAGGCAGCAUAGUCAACGUUUCCAGCGUUUCAUCGCUGACUACGAUGCCCAACACAACGCCGUACGCUGUCACCAAGGCAGCCCUGGACCACCUGACACGUUGUGCUGCACUGGAGAAUGCGCCUUAUGGAGUACGUGUGAACGCUGUCAACCCUGCUGUCAUUCUGACGCCUAUAAUAAAAGACCCAGCAGUGAGCAUGGAGAAGCACGCACAGAUGAUGCAGAAAAUUACCGGCGCGGCACACGCCCUCGGACGUGUCGGUAAGCCAGAAGAGGUGGCACGCUGCAUUGCCUUUCUGGCAUCCGACGAUGCCUCCUUCGUCACGGGCAUCAACAUGCCUGUCGACGGCGGCUUGCUCCUUCUCUCCGGCUUUCCAAGUGUCCCGCAGUUGUUGACACCCGGGAGCGUUGCUUGAUGGCCUUCGCACUGAGACUUCGUCGACGAUGCCGGCCGUUUGAGGCAAUAUAUGGCCACCAGCAGACCCUUAGGCAAUAGGUGCUGCCUAUCUGAAGUUGAACAAAAGCCGUCGAGAUUUUGUUUCUUAAGAAAUCUACGCUAGCCCUACUUGGGCCCAGUAGAAGGGGAACUAAAGCGGCAAUAUUUCAUAGCGCUGGUAAGAUAACAGAGCGGACAUUCAACUUCAAAGUAGCACUCCUUUCGUCUUCUCCAAUAAAGCUAUCCAUA